AUGGCAGAAUCCAGCAUGCUACCUCAAGGGGCAACCUUGCUUCUUCACGACGAGAAGAACCAUAUCGUCCCGAAGGUUGCUGAGCUUCUGGUGAAGGGACAGAUCUUCACCAAGAUAGGCGAGAACAUCCAAGCUGGUACAGAUGCCAAGGAACCCCAGUACAAGGGCUGCCACGCCGAUCAGACCUUUUUCGAGUACAUGCCAGCUGGCGAUAUCUCCGCCAGCUCUUGGUCGAAGGAGGACUUGUUCUGGGGCCAGCUGGCUGAGGCACUCGAGUUCAUCGAUGCUGGGACUACCACGAUAGUUGACCACUCGAGCUGCAAUACAACAGCGGACCAUCCGCAAGCAGCCAUACAAGCUGACCUCUCUGCCAAGCUCCAGGCGCACCUCAGGAUGUUCGCGGACGGUGUUGACAGGUGUUUCACUGGAAGCAGCGCUGACAGAAGGUCUUUGGGGAGAGUUUUGACCUAA